CUCCCCGCCCGGCUGCGGGGCCAGUGGCAGGAGCGCCGCGCACCGCCAGCCGCGGGGGGCGUGGGAUGGGGGCGGCCGGGGAGGGGGGCGCCCACACUGACUAGAGCCAACCGCGCACUUCAAAAGGGUGUCGGUGCCGCGCUCCCCUCCCGCAGCCCGGGAACUUCAAAGCGGGCCGUGCUGCCCCGGCUGCCUCGCUCUGCUCUGGGGCCUCGCAGUCCCGGCGCGGCCGCCUGGUGGCGAUGACCCGGGCGCUCCGCUCAGCGCUCCGCCAGGCUCUCCUGCUGCUCGCCGCGGCCGCCGAGCUCUCGGCAGGACUGAAGUGUGUAUGUCUUUUGUGUGAUUCUUCAAACUUUACCUGCCAAACAGAAGGAGCAUGUUGGGCAUCAGUCAUGCUAACCAAUGGAAAAGAACAGGUGAUCAAAUCCUGUGUCUCCCUUCCAGAACUGAAUGCUCAAGUCUUCUGUCAUAGUUCCAACAAUGUUACCAAAACCGAAUGCUGCUUCACAGAUUUUUGCAACAACAUAACGCUGCACCUUCCAACAGGUCUACCUCUGUUGGUUCAAAGGACAAUUGCAAGGACGAUUGUGCUUCAGGAAAUAGUAGGAAAAGGUAGAUUUGGUGAGGUGUGGCAUGGAAGAUGGUGUGGGGAAGAUGUGGCUGUGAAAAUAUUCUCCUCCAGAGAUGAAAGAUCUUGGUUUCGUGAGGCAGAAAUUUACCAGACGGUCAUGCUGCGACAUGAAAACAUCCUUGGUUUCAUUGCUGCUGACAACAAAGAUAAUGGAACCUGGACUCACUGUUGGCUGGUCUUCGGUAAAGAAAAAAUGAAUAUGUUCUUCUUAUGCUUCAUAGGUAAACCUGCUAUUGCUCAUCGAGACAUAAAAUCAAAGAAUAUCUUAGUGAAAAAAUGUGAAACUUGUGCCAUAGCGGACUUAGGGUUGGCUGUGAAGCAUGAUUCAAUACUGAACACUAUCGACAUACCUCAGAAUCCUAAAGUGGGAACGAAGAGGUAUAUGGCUCCUGAAAUGCUUGAUGAUACAAUGAAUGUGAAUAUCUUUGAGUCCUUCAAACGAGCUGACAUCUAUUCUGUUGGUCUGGUUUACUGGGAAAUAGCCCGGAGGUGUUCGGUCGGAGGAAUUGUUGAGGAGUACCAAUUGCCUUAUUAUGACAUGGUGCCUUCAGAUCCCUCGAUAGAGGAAAUGAGAAAGGUUGUUUGUGACCAGAAGUUUCGACCAAGUAUCCCAAACCAGUGGCAAAGUUGUGAAGCACUCCGAGUCAUGGGAAGAAUAAUGCGUGAGUGUUGGUAUGCCAACGGAGCGGCCCGCCUAACUGCUCUUCGUAUUAAGAAGACUAUAUCUCAACUUUGUGUCAAAGAAGACUGCAAAGCCUAAUGAUGAUAAUUAUGUUAAAAAGAAAUCUCUCACAGCUUUCUUUUCCAUUUUCCCCUUUAUGUGAAUGUUUUUGCCAUUUUUUUUGUUCUACCUCAAAGAUAAGACAGUACAGUAUUUAAGUGCCCAUAAGGCCGCGUGAAAAGAUAACUCUAAAGUUAAGCAUGGGCAGGAGUUGACUUCAUCCAAUCUCUCUAUUAUGUUUAAUUUUAUUUUGAAAGCAACACCUCCACUCAUCUUUUUAUUUAAUAAGAAAGAAAUAUAUUACAAAAGUAUAAAAUAAGCUCUAUAAAAAUGAUAUAGUCAUUAAGUUUUUAUUUUACUUGAACCAAGAACACAUGAGUGAACAGGAAAAGAUGUUAAAACUUUUUUUUUUUUUCUGAGACGAAAACAUAUUAAUUAAACAUGCGAACUAGACCAUGCUAUCUUAAAUAGAAAUUUAGGUCAUGCAAUCUAUGUUUCCCCAUUUUUAAGUUAGCAGGACUUUUUAAAAAUAAAUAUUGCUCUAAAUUUUAAUAUAUCAAACAUGUGAAAGUGGAGCUGCUCAGUGGAAGAUGUGAGAUCGGUGUCCCACGUGCUUGGUCUCCCCUUCUGCUGUUCUCCUUCAUAAUCCACUACUGCAGCAGUCGCUGAACCACUAAACUUGUUCCUUUCCUUUGCAAAAGACAUACCUGAUAUCCUGAGACGCUGAGAAAUGUCCCAAAGUCACACAGCUAAUGGCAGAACUGGCACUAGGUCCACAUCUUGUGAUAAUGAGCACUGUAGAGUCAACUAGCUUCCUACUUUUCCUUGAAUAGUGCUUUUCUCCGUAUGCAAUAUCUUUUAUUAUGAUAUUUGUGGUUUAGUCAUGCAGAAGGCAUAUUAUUUUGCAGAAUCAUGAUGGACCUGCAUGAAAUCUCAGAACCAUAUCUGUUGACAUUUUUUUCUCAUAGAAAUAUCAUGGUUAUCCCAUUCGUUAAUGAGUAUUAAUGUUUUCUGAACACUUCCAAAGAUUAAUCAAACAUAAAUAUUCAUUGUCUGAAAAUAUCUUUAAGAUACAAUUCAGAGGUCCCUAUUUCCUUUGUACAUAUACACUUAGAAAGAAAAGACAGAAGAGGAAGAGGAAAGAAGGAAAUAUUUUGAGAAUAUAUUGAGAAGAAUUAAGAAAACUCUUCAAUGAAGUGUAACAACCAAACCCUACAGAGGGUAUGAGAAACAGCAAAUACAUAUUCCUCUACCCUUUCACAAUGAGCGAGUGAGUACAGAAGAAUGCUCAUGAUAGUUCCGCCUUCAUUCUACUUUCUGUGGACACAGAGUAAUGAAUAUUUAAUGGGACGUUAAAUAUGCCCUUCAAAUCUAUAAUGCUAUUUUGAUAAAGGAAAUUUAACAUGAUGUCUUUUAUUCUCCUAAAACAUCUUUUGUCAAACUCCAUUCCAUAGAACUUUCUUCUGCUGCGAUGAUCCAAGACCAAAGUGUUCUUUGAUAUUGCUUAGAAAGUGAUAGUACAUGUUAGCAUAUAAUGUAUUUUGAAGAGUGAAAUAAAUGCUAUUGAUAACAGUAAAAACAAAAAACAAACAAACAAAAAAACAAAACCAAUAACAGUAAAGAAAUGCUACUUGAAUUUUUUUUUAAACUGGAUUGCUCAGAUUACCUGAUCGUGGUGGAACCCUUUUAUUAAGAGGAGGAGAAACUUUUUACUAUCCCAUAUUUAACUGUUCCAUAAAGCAAAGCACAGCUUGGGUAAUAGUGUUCUGAAGGAUAUACUUCUGUAUUUUCUCAUAGAAUACAAUUUAGUGAUUAUGCUUCAUUUCACUAUGAAAAUAUGUUACUGAAUAUAUCUUCAUUUUACUGAGCUGAAAUAAGGAAGGCAAAACACUGACAGCUAUGGAAUUUGCGUGUCCUUCCAUACUUGUUAAUGCUCUCAUCCACUUAUUAAAUAAUCAUAGAGUACCCAUAUCUUGCUUGCCACAAUAUCGGGUACAAGAGGGAAUACAAAGAUAGAUAGGUCCUGCCCUCAGGGAUUUUAAAGUCUAAUUUGGGAAUGUGAAUAGGGAUGUGAGUGUGUGGGGGAAGAAAAUAAAUUGACAGAUAAAAUAUGAAGUGGGAUGUCUUGAGUUCUGCAUGACAGUGGGUUUCUAGGAUAGGUCUGAAAAUCGCUUUCAUUUGCAACGCGUUUAGAAAGUAGCUUUAUUUGGAUAUUACAGACAAUCUAAAUAUAUCAUCAGUUUUUAAAAGUGCCUAUGUGAAGUGAUUUUUUAAAAAGAGCCUAUGUGAAGGGGUAAUCUUGCUUAUGCUUGUUACUAAUUUCUCAUAGAUUGUUGUUCUGCAUAUAUAAGAAUGAAAUUAUUUAUUUACUAUAGUUGUACGUGCCUCAAAUAAACAAGAAUGAUAUUUCCUGUUUUAUUUACUUAUGUUGGGUAAAUAUGCUUAUUGAAUUUUUAAGAGAGGAUUUUUUAACAUCUCCAUUCUUCUUGUCAUUAUGUUUUGUAGCUUAUUUGAGGGUGUCUAAAUAUAAUUUCAUAUUUUAUUGGUUCAACUUUCACUCUGAAGAAAUCCGUAUGUUAGUACAUUUUGAGGUAUUUUUCUUGUUCUUGUGUUGGUUAACUAUGACUCCUAGCUGAAUAGUCUUAUAUUUCAAUUACAAAACACAUUUUUAAAGAAAGGGAAUAGAGCAGCAAAAAUGAUAAGGAAAAUGUUAAAAGUUAUAAUAUUUUCUUUACUCUUAACAGGAUUAUAUAUAGAAUAUGCUCAGUUACAAAAAUAGGAUGAUGAAGUUUAGAGCAUAAGGCAGGCUUCUUGUAUAUACUUAUGCUGUCAAAUGUUAUAUUGUUUUUAAUGGAGUCCCUUUGUGUAAUAUUUAUUUCUUUUAAAUUUUGUUAUAAGCAA